GGGGGAAUGCUACGUGUCUGGGUGAAUUAAAAAACCAUCGUAGCUUCCCUCCCUGCCCAGCCAAUUCCAUCAGGACAGCCAGGGGAAGACCGAUCCUGUUUAAAGCACUUCUGAUCCCGCGGCCACGUCUCAACAUGUCAGGGGACAAGAAGCUGAACACGGAAAUUCAGAAGUCCACCAACGUAGUAUAUCAGUCCCAUCACGUUAGUCGAAGCAAGAGAGGCCAAAUCGUUGGCACUCGGAGAGGAUUCCGUGGUUGCACCGUCUGGCUGACAGGUCUGUCAGGUGCUGGAAAGACCACCAUUGGGUUUGCACUGGAAGAGUACUUGGUAACCCAUGGUAUUCCUUGUUACUCCCUGGAUGGAGAUAACAUUAGGCAAGGACUAAACAAAAACCUGGGUUUUACCUCUGAGGACCGUGAGGAGAAUAUCCGGCGUAUCGCUGAGGUGGCCAAACUGUUUGCAGAUGCUGGUCUUGUCUGUAUCACUAGUUUCAUCUCUCCAUUUACUAAGGAUCGAGAAAAGGCAAGAAAGAUCCAUGAGAGCUCCAACCUUCCGUUUUUUGAAAUCUUUGUUGAUGCUCCUUUAGAUAUCUGUGAAAGUCGUGAUGUGAAAGGUCUUUACAAGAAGGCUAGAGCUGGAGAGAUAAAAGGGUUUACUGGAAUUGAUUCAGAGUAUGAGAAGCCUGAAAGUUCUGAGUUGGUGCUGAAAACAAACCUCACAUCUGUGAAUGAAUGCAUCCAACAGUUGGUGGAGCUCUUAGAAGAGAGGGGCAUUGUUCCUCCUGCCGCGAAUGAAGAAGUGAAGGAACUGUUCGUCCUGGAAAACAAGCUGGACUUGGCACAUGAAGCAGCCCAGGUUCUGCCCACACUGCAGAUAACACAGCUGGAUCUGCAGUGGGUGCAGGUUUUAUCUGAAGGCUGGGCAACUCCACUCUCAGGCUUCAUGAGGGAAAAGGAAUUCCUGCAAGUUCUGCACUUUGGGAUGCUCUUGGAUGGUGGAAUCAUCAACCUGACCAUUCCAAUUGUCCUGCCCGUUAGCACGGAAGACAAGGAUCGUCUGGCUUGCAGUUCCGCCUUUGCCCUUGUAUACUCAGGCCGCAGAGUGGCCAUACUUCAAAACCCAGAAUUUUAUCAGCAUAGGAAAGAGGAGCGUUGUGCACGGCAGUGGGGAACGACCUGCGAGAAGCAUCCUUACAUUAAAAUGGUGAUGGAAAGUGGAGAUUGGCUUGUUGGAGGAGACCUUCAGGUACUGGAAAGGAUUCGGUGGAAUGAUGGCUUGGAUCAUUAUCGCCUAACUCCCCUGGAACUCAAACAGAAGUUUAAGGAUAUGAACACUGAUGCUGUCUUUGCAUUCCAGCUCCGCAACCCCGUUCACAAUGGGCACGCUCUGCUGAUGCAGGACACCAAACGCCGACUGCUGGAACAAGGCUACAAGCGUCCCGUUCUGCUCCUGCACCCACUCGGGGGCUGGACCAAAGAUGACGAUGUCCCGCUGGACUGGCGCAUGAAGCAACAUGCAGCAGUGCUGGAGGAGGGGGUGUUGGACCCGCAGUCAACCAUUGUAGCCAUCUUCCCAUCGCCCAUGAUGUACGCCGGGCCAACAGAGGUUCAGUGGCACUGCAGGUCCCGAAUGAUUGCUGGAGCCAACUUCUACAUUGUGGGCCGUGAUCCUGCUGGCAUGCCUCAUCCCAUAACCAAGAAGGAUCUGUACGAACCAACCCAUGGAGGGAAGGUUCUGAGCAUGGCACCGGGUCUAACCUCUGUGGAGAUCAUACCCUUCAGAGUUGCUGCAUACAAUAAAGAUAAGAAAUGCAUGGACUUCUAUGACCCAGAAAGAUCACACAGUUUUGAUUUCAUCUCAGGCACCCAUAUGAGACAGCUUGCCCGUGAAAAUAAAAAUCCACCUGAUGGCUUCAUGGCUCCUAAGGCUUGGAAGGUGCUGACAGAAUACUACUCCUCUCUGGAAAAGAACAAUUAAUGUUUUAUCCUUCACAACACAAAAGGCAUUUUAUGGAAUGUCAAACAGCAGCUAACUGUUUCCUUACUUGCUGUAAUUCUUCUUUAUAGGCUCUUAAUUCAUGCAGUUUUUAUAAUCUUGAUUCAAUUUGAUUUACAUGUAUUAACAGUUCGUUUCCAAGUGUCUGAAUGAAAACCUAGCUGGAAAAAUAGGUUAUUUUCAUUCUGAUUUUUAAAAUGCUUAUUUAUUCUUUCCUUGUGUUUAAAUAUCUAAAAAAAUUGGUCUCUUGCUGUAGCCAUUUACUUCAUUUUACAUAUCAAAUGUCAAUGUAAACAGUAUCAGAUUUUUUAACAUUAUACAGAGUUUCUUCUCAAAGUGCUGAUGGCAACUCUGUUUUAAAGUGUUUCCUGUUGGUGGUUUGCAAUGAAAUGAAUUACCUCAAAUGUUAGUGAACUACUGCAUGACAGGACACGUUCAGUGCAAUCUUGUUUUACAGAUUCAAAUAUGUCAUCAGGUCCUUUGUAAUUUUGUAUAAAUUGUGAAUAGUAAAACCUAUGGCAGUUAUAAGUUAUUUUACCCCCACUUGACAUCCCUUACAGAAUUCCCCACCAAUUUCACCUUUGCCAUCUGAGUUAGAUGCCACGAUGUUUCAAAGUAAUUUUAAAUGGAUGGUUUUUACCUGCAGUUAAGUUUUAAAGGCCUGCAAAUUACACAUCAGAGUUCUGGAUAUGGAAAAAGAAAAUUUGUUCUGGGCAUCAUUUUUUAUAAUAGUGUUCAUGUUGUGCUCUUGUAUUGUAAAUAACUGUCUUCUAAUAGUCCCAACCUCAUUGUCAUUAAAUAUUGACUUUGGAACAUACUGGGAUGAUGAAAGGACAGGGACAAAAGCAAAAUAGUCAAUUCUCUCACAUCAUUGAGAACACGCCUUCCCACAGUAAUUGUUCCCAUUAGUGCAGGGUGCCAAAUCAGGCUGAUCCCGUCCCCUCACCCAGAACCAAAGUGUGUUGCUCUCCCAUGCCAACUCACUAGGUUGGAUGGAAAAGAUCAGUCUUUCUUCCCUUCUGCAUACCAGGUCCAAUCACACAGCCUGAGCAGGGGCAGGGUCCUGGACCACAUUUGAAGACCCUCCUGACAGCCUUUGGCACCUGACAAUGACAGCUGUAAAAGUUCUAAUAGAUCUUGAUAGUUUUUUAAUGUCCUUUGAUAUUCAGACACAUUUAAAAACUAUUAACAUUUACAUUAAUAGCAAAAAUCAGAGUUAUAAUUUUUGUUAAAUGAUUAUCUAAAAUUGUAUAAGAAGUUAUAAACAAUUUAAUAUAUUAGAAUGGUGCAAAGUAAUUUUUUCUUUGGCCUUCUCAAUCUAUGCCCUACUGCAGAGUGACAAAUCCUAUGUCAGCUCCAAGCUGGAGCAGAAGCCAAGAAGCAAUUUUCCCAUUAUCCCAAAUCCCUCAUUAAGUUCUAGACUUCAACAUCUCACAGCGCUUACACACAAGUCUGGGACUUCAGUUUGAACAACUGAAUGCCAGCAGUUUUAGGCAGAACAGCUGGCAAAAAGUCAGCACAUGGGCCCAGAGAAUACUAAUUUUAGUUCGCUAGUGACUAAUGCAUUUACUUCACAGCUGUAAAGUUUCCUGUCCUACAAAACUCGUCACAUUGAGCACAGGCACUGUCUUGUGAUUCUGAGGUAAGCAGGGAUGUUAUUUUUGCCCUCCAGCUUACGUCAAAACAUUGCAUUUGCAUUCACUUCAGGAAUAGUGUCAGACUACACCCAAAUCAAACCUUCCACCCAUCAGAACAUCACAGCUCAUGCACUUAAGUCUUUUAUUAGGACCAGCUCAUAGUCGAAUCCCUGACGCACUAGGUUCACAGCUCAGGUCCCUCUAAAGGCACUCAUCAUUCCUGCCUACUCUCCUCAGAUGUGCAAGAGUUAUUGUUUGACAACCAAGUCUCUGGCAACAGUGAAACAUCUCAUUUUGGGAAAGGAAAACUGGAUGUUGCAAAUCAUUCUCCUUUGACAUUCUCCUCUUGUUGCCGGAUUGCAGGCAACUCAGACAUUGGAUUUGUGCAGGUUCACAAUGAUAAUGACCCUUUUUCACCAAGUGAGGGCAUGAAAUGAAAAUGGGGGAGGGGCGAAGCAACUGGAUGAGAAAUCAAGGAAAUAUAUGAAAAGGAAGGAUAAACCUAAUUACAUGCAUCUUCCAGCACUGAGAGCUUCACCCAGAGAAAAGUCAGCAUUAAACAUAUAGACUUUUCAAUUUAAUGUCGUAACAUUUAAUAUGAAUAGUGGCUACAGCAAAAUACAAAAUGAUGAAUGCAGCAGAAGGUAUACUUAACUUCCAGUGAAUACUGCUUAAGCUUUAAUCAACUGUAUUCCUUAGUGACUUUCUAGCAAAUGACCAGAAAUAUAUUUAUUUUCAGAAAUGAGUUGGCUUUCACACUGUGCCUUAACCAAUACAUGCCUUUAAUGCAAUUCCUGUAUAUUGUAUUGCUAAAGCUUCAUAUUAAUAUAAUCUUGUACUGUUCAUAUGAAUAAAUAUUCAAUAAUCAA